AUGGGUGGUGGCUGGCUGCUGUCGGCAAUAGAGAGAGCAAAAAUCUCCAAAACAUUUGUGUUUCAAGUUCAUGCUUACAGAAAGGCUGAAGGGGAUACUAAAGAAGAUAAAGCCAUGGUGAAGGAUGAGCCACAGAGAAGAUCUGCAAGGUUGUCUGCUAAACUUGCUCCUCCAAAGCCAGAGCCCAAGCCUAAAAAGGCCCCUGCAAAGAAGAAAGAGAAGGUCCCCACGGGGAGGAAGGUGAAGGCCAAUGCCAGGGAGGAUGCAAAUAAUCCUGCAGAAAAUGGAGACAUCAAAACAGACCAGGCACAAAAAGCUGAAGGUGCUGGAGAUGCCAAGUGAGAUGUGUGCAUUUUUGAUAACUGUGUACU